AUGCUUCGUUCCUCUUUUAAAACUCUUUCAGCCAAAGCUGCAGCUCAACUCGACCAGGAAUUGAUGUCGACUGGAGCCUUUUCUAUCGAUCAACUCAUGGAAUUGGCAGGACUUUCAGUAGCCCAAGCCAUAUAUAAACAAUAUCCACCUCCCACAGCUUCAAAGGUAUCGCGUGUAUUGGUUCUUGUUGGUCCGGGAAACAACGGAGGCGAUGGCUUGGUGGCUGCUCGCCAUUUAAAGCUCUGGGGAGGAUACGACCCCGUCUUGUACUAUCCAAAAAGGACAAAAAAUCCUCUUUAUGCUAAUUUGGUAACUCAAUUGCAAGACUUAGAUGUAGGAGAAGUCGAGACUUUGGAUGAAGUCAAACAAUUGGCUUUGGAAGAAUCAACGGGCCUAAUCAUAGACUCGUUGUUUGGAUUCUCGUUCAAGCCUCCCGUAAGAGAACCCUUCAAAGACUUAAUAUCCUUUCUUUCAGAAAAUCACGGAAAGAUAUCUCCCAUAGUUUCUGUAGAUAUUCCAUCAGGUUGGGACGUAGACGAAGGUCCAAUAGAUCUUGAUAUCAAGGCUACAAUGUUGGUGAGUCUCACAGCUCCAAAACCAUGUGCUAAGAAGUUUGUGUCCUAUGGUUCUGACAAGAUUCACUAUCUUGGUGGACGGUUCAUUAACGGAAAGAUCGCUGCCAAAUACGACAUCCAAGACUUGAUUGCAAAAUACAAGGAUAAUGACUUAAUAGUGAAGCUAUAA